AUGCCUAAGCGCAGCUCCUCCCCCGCCGACGCGGGCAACGCCAAGCGCCGCAAGGCGCGCCGUCUUGUCUCGUCUCGCAAUAAGAGUUGCACCACCUGCCUGCGUAUGUUGGCAAACGAGCGGUCGCUGGACAGGCUUUGCCAGCAAGAUACCAAUUCUAAAUCGAAGAAGUGCGUUUACUGCUGCGAUACAAAGAAGGCCGGCAAGGACGGCCAGUGCACCUUUGCCGCCGGCAAGGUCGCGUCAGCCUCUGGUGUCGCUCUCGUCGACGCCGCGCUGGAGCUUGCUGAGGUCCGAGAAGCUCAGCGGGACCCCGCGGCUUCCCUUAUCACGCGCUCGGAGUAUGGUUGGGCUAGCGAGUUCACAGCUCCCAAGUUCCCGAGUGGAGAUGCCACUUUCGUUACCUGGAAGGCGUGGCUCGCCAAGUACGAGGCGAAGGCUCACGACACCUUUGUGGACGCCUGCGAGGCGUACAAGAAGAGCCUGGAGAACGAGGAUGGCGGCGGUGGAGGCGGCCCCUCCGAUGAGCUUCCGGCCGGUCUCCGCGACGAGCACGACUCCCCCGAUGAGGAUCCGGCAGGUCUCCGCUACGAGUACAACUCCUCCGACAUCACUGAGGCCCAGCGUGACAAGACCAUGGGAGAUAUCGGCACUGGUGUCUCCUUGGGCCUCACCGCGCUUUACAGGCUGUCCCGCGGCGAGGUCCCACUGAUCCCCGCCGAUGACGAGGCUCAGUUCGCGGCGCACGUCAGGCACAUGGGAAGCCUCCGCAGCCUCUUGUUGUACGACAAGCUGGCCUCCAACGCCCAGGACUACCUCGACCGAGUCCGCGCCGCGAAGGACCGGCGUCGUUAA